AUGCAGCAGGAGGGGAAGCAGGACGUGAGCGGGGGCCGCAAGUCCCCUGAUGUGCUGCCGCUAAGCGUAGUUGCCCUCGACAGCAUCGAGCACCAAUACGUUGAGGUGCUGAAGGAACUCGCGAUGGAACCGCAUUUGGAGCCGUUCAAGGAUGAGUACGAAAAGAUCCACCGCCUCCUGCGCAAGAGCAACGACGGCGAAAAGAGGCUGUUACAGAAGAUCAAGGAACUGCAGCAAGACCUCGCCAGCCACGGCACAAAGGUGGAGGCGGCACUGAAGCUGUCACAGCAGGACGAGGAGGUCAUAGCGGCAUUGCGCAAGGAGAUUGAGCGGGCGUGGACACUAGCCGACAGCGCCCACUCACACGAGAAGGAAAGCCGCGAGCACAUUCAGCUUCUGCGCAAACAGGUCUCCGAGCUUGACGCACUGGUCGACAAGAGCACACGCAAUACGAUGGGGCAGGAGUCGUACCUGCGCGAACUGAUUGUCGCGAAGAAGGAGUUGGAGAAUGAGCGUGUGGUGGCGCAAGGGAAGGUGGCGCGCCUCCUUGACACGCGUGAUGUGAUGCGGAAGAGCCUACAAAAGGUACAGAGCGACAACGAGGCGGCGCGGCGGCAGCUGGAGAAUGGUUUGUCGAGUUACCAGACGCUGCUGCGCAACCUCGCGGAGGUUCAGCGUGAGCGCGAGAGCCUCGAGCAGCAGGUGCGGGAGUGCCGCGCGACGACAGACCAGCACAUGGUGGAUAUGGAGGAGCGUAAAGCCGCGACGGAGAAGCUCUCCAUCGAAGAGGCGCGGCUCAAGACACUUGCUGUUGAAGAGCGCGAAACUGUCGCACAGAUGGUGAAGCAGCUGGAGGAGCAGCAGCGCCGUUUCAAGACGGAGGCUGACCGCCUCGCCGUUGUAGAGGCGCAGAACGCGGAGGUGAAGGUGGAAAUACCCAAGCUCAAAAUGACGCUGAAGGAACGGCUUGCAGAGGUGUCGCGGCUCGCCGCCGGCCUGCGCAAAGUGCGCAAGAGCGCUGAAGCGCAGCAGUCGGAGAUGCGGAAACAGCUGCAGACACGCAACGCUCUCGUUGCACAGACGGAGCAGUUACACGACGCCAUUGAGGAGCGGCUGCAAGCACUCGGUGUGGAAGAGGAGGCGCUUCACGCGGAGGAGGUGCGCCUCAAGCAGGCGAUACCGCAGAAGACGCAACUCAUCACGGACAACUCUCGCACAGAAAACGAGCGUGUUGCGAUGGAGGGUCACCGGGUGGUGGAGGAGGGGAAGCGGCACAACUUGGCGCAGCAGCUCGACCAGCUCCUGCGGGAGAAUGAGACGCUGCGCAAGACCGUCUUCUCGCUGGAGCAGGGACAGACGAAGGUGCUCGACCACGGGCAGCACGUGGCGCUGCAGUAUCACCAAACACUGGAGCAGACACGGAAGCAGAACGAUCGGGCACGGUCUCUACAGGGGCAACUCGCUGAAAAUGAAAAGCGUUUAAAGACGCAGCAGGAUCUGCUCGACAGAGUAUCCGCUGACUGCGCGCGCACGGAGAAACAGCUGAAGGAGAGCGAGCUGGAGUGCGCCUCGUUGAAGGAACGCUAUCACACGAACGAUGAGGAUAUACAGCUGCUCAAGAUGCAACUCAUUGCGAAGGAAGGGGCGCUCUGCAAACUGCACAUGGUGCGGCGGCAGCUGCAGCGCGACAUCGCCAACGCGGAGCAGCGGGCGAGCCACUUGAAGGACGAUGGCCUCAACGCCAAAUCCCGCCGCGAGGCCCUAGAGAGUGAGGCACAGCAGCUGGCGCACCUUAUCGCCGAGUGCGACGCGGAGAAGUCCAAGUAUCAAUCUAAGUUCGCAGCACUUGUGAAUGAACGUAACGUGCUGGCUGCGCAGCUGAUCCGCCGCAACGACGAGCUUCGGCUGCUCUAUAGCAAGAUACGCCUGCAGGAGUGUAGCCUCGAGAAGAGUGCCAUUGACUACGACAGGCGCGUGCAGACUGUCAUCGCCACGCGCAACGAACUUGCGGAGCUUCGGUUACGUUGCCGUAUUGCACUCGUGCGUCUCCGUUACACGGAGAAGUUGCAUCGCCGCAAACAGACGAUCGAGCGUGACCUCUUCACGGAGCGGCAGCGCUGUCGCGCGCUUGUAGAUGAGCUGCAGCGCCCGGUGCACGUGCACCGUUGGCGCCGCCUCGAGGGCAAUGCACCGGAGGUGCUCGACGGCAUCUACAAGACGCAGACAUUGGAGCGACAGAUCUUGCAGAAGCACGACACACUCGUCGAGAAGACAAAGCAGCUUGCCUCCCGUACCGCGGAGUAUGACGCCAUUCGGCGAAAACUCGCGUGCCUGCCAGGGCCGGAAGUGGCGGAAGAGCUGAGUCUCUACAACGAGAACCUUUCACGCCGGUGCGAGCAGAUCAAUGGCAUGGACACCGAGCUGCGGGAGGUUGAACAGCACGCGGACGUUGUCGCAGAAGAGGUGAAGCAGCUCUCCCUUGAGCUCGGCGAUGUGAAGCGGCGCUAUUUUGAAGCGAAGCACAAGAACGACUUGCUACGUCGAGAGCAGGCGGCGUUCCGCGCAACGUGGGGCGGAUCAUCUACGGUUGCAAACAUCGCCCUUGCGGCGGCAUCUGCACGUCAGCAGGAGCAGCUGCUUGGCAGGGAUGGUAGUGGUAGCAGCGGCCAGCAGGAGGCCUGGGGGCCACGGGCGGGCGGUGGGCAGCGGCCGUUUCUGUGGUAUACGCGGGCACAGAAGCGCCGUGAGAAAAUGCGGCAGGAGGCGCGUCUCGUGGAGGCGCUCUCCACCGGCGCACCGGCACCGAACUAUCCGCUGCAGUACGGCGCACAACAGAGGCAUUUCGUCGGCGGCGGCUUUGCUUUCACACGGUGA